UUGUUGUGAUAAACUUAUUAAAUAGAUGAGUGUUUUGAGUACCCCUGUUGAUGAGCAUCAGUGGCUGGUGGUGCUACUCUACUCUGUCCUGCUGUGUAUAAGUGUGAUCACAUGUGACAACGGCGGUGCAGAGCAGAAGAUCACGGGCUGCUCUGGAUUUGUGAAAACACCCGCUGCACUGUCUCAGUACAGACUCAAAUACGACGCUAUACAGAUCCACCUGGUGACAGCUGACGGAGCUGUGAAGGACAAGACAGAAUGUGCACCCCACAAUGGGUACUUCUUCGUACCCACGUUUGAACAGGGCGCAUACAAGCUACGUGUUGUACCUCCUACAGGAUGGCAGUUUGAGCCCUCAGAGUACGAAGUUGCAGUAAGCAGUGACGGAAAAGGGAAUACGUGUGAAGAUGGGAAGGAUUUCAACUUCAUCUUGUCAGGGUUCACAGUACAGGGGCAGAUUCUGACCAAAGGGACCAAAUCGGGACCUUCGAAUGUUGAAAUAACGAUGAGUAGCAGCAAGGAUAAGUCAGCAAAAAGUGUCACAACGAAGUCGAUGGCCGAUGGAAAGUUCAAGCUCAGUCCAGUGCUACCCGGAAGCUACCAACUCUCGGUGGAAGAUAACAAAGAUCUCCACCUGGAAAAAGCUUCUGUUCCAUUAGAAGUCUCUAGUGACAAUGUGGACAAUGCGGGUCCCCUCUUGGUGCUAGGGUUCUCUGUCUCGGGGUCCGUGUCUUCUGAAUCUGAACCUGUACUAGGAGUGAAGUUCCUCCUCUUUCCUCAACAGAAGGGCAAAAAGUCUGCCAUAAACUGCGACUCCAAACUGACUGCGGCCGACGGGUUCAAAGGUGGACCGAAGGGGGAGCCAGAGUGCUUCGUCUCAUCAGACUCAGAGGGCAAAUUCAGAUUCCCAGCUCUCACUCCGGGGCAAUACGAGCUGGUUCCAUUCUACAAAAGUGGCAAAACCCAGUUUGAUGUGAAACCAACAGAAUACAAAUUCACCGUCGGAAACUCGCCUAUUGCCAUCACGCCCAAUUUCGAAGUUUCUGGUUUCUCAGUUGGUGGAUCCGUGAAGCUCUCACCCACAGACUCAAAAGGCAUCGAGGGUGCAGAGAUAGUAGUGAAUGGGAAAUCGGUGGCCAAAACAGACGCAGGAGGGAAGUUCCUUCUGGAAAAGAUGACAGUGGGCCAGUAUGUGGUAGCAGUGAAAAAGAGUGGCUAUGAGUUCAACGAGGUGAAGGUCCAUUUGGUCCCCAGUAAACCGGAUCUGGAGACAUUGUAUGUUUCCAAAGUGAAGUUGUGUGGAUCGCUUCACAUGUCUCAGUUCCCAAGUGGACACAGCAAGUCUCUAGCCAGGAAGGUGGAAAUAGUCUCUUCAGGUGGAAAAGCAGAGAAGAUGGUCUCUCAAACUGUGUCUGCCGAUGAGAAGGGAGUCUUUUGUGGGAUGGUACCCAUUGCAACUAAGAGCACAGUCAAGCCCGUUGUGAGUAAAGAGGAGAAGUCUGCUGGUCUCAUGUUCAAGAAGGAGGAAGUGACAAGUGAAGUGAAAGACAUCAUGGUCAAGAAUUCAGGCAUAAUGUUCGAACAGAAACUCACCUCUAUCACAGGACUCGUGCAAUGCAUAGAUGUAUGUAAGUCAACUGAGUUGUCAAUCAAGCUAUUCCCGAAGAACAAUGCUAAUAUCAAAUACGAGGUGAAGCUGACAGCCGAAGGAAACAUGACCAAGUUCACAUUUGCAAAUGUGCUGUUCGAUGUCUACACCAUUAAAAUUGACGACUCAGUUUUCUGCUGGAAGGCGAACGAGAUGGCUGCCGAUGUGUGGACUAAACCAGACACUGUCUUCUCUGGAGCGAAGUUCGAACAAACUGGCUUCGUGUUCAAUGUGGACACUGCAUUUGAUGACGUCACUCUCAAAUAUGAACACUCGGCAGACCCGAAGAUGAAAGCGGUGAUAAAUAAUAUGAAGAGUCAACCCAGGACUUGUCUACCGAAGAGUGGGAGCUACAAAAUAACGACCCAGUCUUGUUUCAAAUUCGGUCAAGAGAGCUACACGCUUGCAACUGACCGAUCGAAAGCAAUGAAUCUCAAGCUGGAACCGGAACUGUUUCUCGUGGAUGCCACAAUCGAAAGUCCAACUGACGAUUUUGAGGUGUCAGUGGCCAUCAAUGACGUGAAGCAAGAUGAAGUGAUAGUGGAGGAGUUGGAACUGGGCAAAAAGUGGAAGUUGUCCGUUUAUGCCAAAAAAGGAGACCAUUUGUCAUACUCCGCAGAAUCAGGCACACUUCUGUUCACUCCUAAAUCAUUCUUGUACACUGUGGACGGCCACAAGUGUCCCGGAAAUAUCGUCAAGUUUUCAGGUCGCCCAGGUGAUUUCUUGGAAGCUACUCUUUCCUCGAAGACUGAUGACGUCACAGUAGAAGUGCUGGACUCAGAUGGAAUUGUGUUCAUGAGCCAAGUGAGCAGCGAAAAACACAUCAGCAUUGGGCCGCUGGAAGACAAAUCGCUCUACAAGUUGAGGCUGAGCAAGCAGGGCUACGUGUUCACUCUCGCCACUUCCGCCAGCAAAGACAAAGGGGGGAUCGCCACUUUCACUGUGAACAAACUCGCAUCCAUCUCCAUAUCAGUGAAAGAUGAGGCGAAUGUUCCUCUGGUGGGUGCUCUGAUGUCUGUGAGUGAUGGAGAGAGACAGUAUAGAUCGAACAACCUCACCAACUCGGAUGGUCAGUUGCUCCUGUUGAAUUUGGGACCGGGAGAGUACUUCAUCAAACCACUCAAGAAGGAGUUCACGUUCAGUCCAGCAAACAAGCUGUUGAAAGUGGGCGAAGGGGAGAACAGUGUGGUGGAGUUCACAGCUGUUCGGACUGCCUUCACCUGCUUCGGAGUGGUGAAGACGCCGAGUAUGGACACAAAGGCAGGGGUCACAGUCCUCGCCAGUGGAGUGAAGGGAACCAAGUGUGAACACGCCAAGGAGGAGGGAGUCUCACAGGCAGAUGGAACAUUCACUAUACUAGGACUGCAGGCCAACUGUGAGUACGAUAUCAGUGUACGACUGGACAGACAGCUGUUGCACUACGCUGUGCCCCUUUCCAAGACCAUAGCGGUGGAAAAGAGAGACGUUACUGGGGUGAACUUCGUAGUGUUCCCGAAACCCAACAACGAACUGGAUCUGAAUGGAUACGUUGAGACCACAGAAGAAAAGUUCCUACAAUCACUCAGUGUAAGUGUGUACCCUGAGGAUGGGGGCAGCACAGGUAGUGUGGGUGGAGUGGGGGUCCCGAUAGAGACCCACAGUCUGGACCAGGUGCCCUUCUUCUACUUCACAUCCCUCUCUCAGGACGAAAAGUGGUACACUCUCAGGCUGGAAUCCACACUCUCCAAGUCCGAGUACAGCUACAACCUUAGUGCAUACUCUUUCCAAGCUGUUGGUUCCUCCCUCCAUGUCCGCCUCCGAUUCAACCCCACUCCCAACAUAGGGGCAGAAGAUGACGUCACACAAGGGGGACUGUUACUGCCUCUAUUAAUUGUACUCGCCGGCAUAUGCACCUACAACUACCACAAUGUGAAAGGGCCAAUGCUAAAUGCUUUCACUUCAGUGACAAAAAGCUUAUCAAACACCGCGAAGAGUGUAUCCGGAGGCGACCAGAACCGAGGCGGCGGAGGAGGUGGUGGUCAGAAGAAAAAGAAGAGCGUGAAAACCAACUAAAUUUACGGAAGGUUCAUUCAAAUCCAAAAUCAGAUAAGCUCGCGUAAAAUUCAGACAGCUUUUCCAACGUUGAAGAAAAAGAACUUUGAAAUAACUCCAGAACAGAAAUUACCAGGGACGAAAGAUUAAAUUGUUCUUGAUUUCAUCAAAUUUUUGGAAUUGAGCCGACAGCUGAAUGAGUAAAUAGAAACUUAUAUCGCCUAAGAUGCUUGUUUUUCCAAUCACAGUUGAAUCAUCUAUUUAUAGACGCCUAUAUUGUAUUGUACUAUCUAUAAUUAUAUAUUUCCUUUACUUUUGAUCUUUAUUUCACUUUUUGCAAAUUUGACUUUAACAAGUAAAAAUAUUGAACUGA